AUGGCACUGCGCACCGGGAGGACUUGGUUUGGGCAGGUCUUGCGCAGGGUCUUUCGGCUGCAGGACUCCUGGUCCAGGCGAUCCAGUAGUCUCUUGUGUCUCUCCGCCAACCAGGAGCAGGAUCUGGGUUUCUGUCACCGGGAUAACCACAAGGCAGGGGGUUUACAUAGCUGCUCCCACUCCUGCGCCCACCACGGACACAGUCACCGGAGCGCACCUUUCUGCGCCUCCGCCUCCAGGCGCUGCCCACACGGCUUCCCCCACGCUAGCUGCGCCUUCCCGGGGAAUCCGAGGGGACAUGAGCCCCUCGGUCGCAGGUUCCUGUUGGCCAUGAAGCGGCAAAACGUGCGGACCCUUUCCCUGAUCAUUUGCACGUUUACAUACCUGCUUGUCGGGGCCGCCGUCUUUGACGCCCUGGAGUCCGACUUCGAGAUGCGGGAAAAGGAGCAGCUGGAAGCCGAGGAGAAGCGUCUCCAGGGGAAAUAUAACAUCAGUGAGGAUGAUUACCGCAAACUGGAGACCAUCAUCAUGGAGGCUGAGCCCCACAGAGCCGGGGUGCAGUGGAAAUUCGCAGGGUCAUUUUACUUUGCCAUCACAGUUAUUACCACCAUAGGUUAUGGGCAUGCAGCACCUGGGACAGACGCAGGGAAGGCCUUUUGCAUGUUUUAUGCCGUCCUGGGGAUCCCUUUGACUCUUGUCAUGUUCCAAAGUCUGGGUGAGAGGAUGAACACUUUUGUCAAGUACCUCCUGAAGCGGAUAAAGAAGUGCUGCGGCAUGAGCAUCACCGACGUGUCCAUGGAGAACAUGGUGACUGUAGGAUUUUUCUCUUGUGUUGGCACUCUGUGCAUUGGGGCUGCUGCCUUCUCCCAUUACGAGGACUGGAGCUUCUUUCAGUCAUAUUAUUACUGCUUUAUUACAUUAACAACUAUAGGCUUUGGGGACUUUGUGGCCCUUCAAAAGAACCGGGCCCUCCAGAAGAAGCCCCUGUAUGUGGCCUUUAGCUUCAUGUAUAUCCUGGUGGGCCUGACGGUCAUCGGGGCCUUCUUAAACCUGGUGGUGCUCCGCUUCCUGACUAUGAACAGCGAGGACGAGCGGCGGGAUGCAGAAGAACGGGCUUCACUAGCAGGAAACCGAAACAGCAUGAUCAUCCACAUCCAGGACGAAUCAUUACCGCGAGGCAGGCGGCGGCGUGAACCGUAUCGGGCAGAAGUGACUGAUUUGCAGUCAGUCUGCUCCUGUAUGCACUACCACUCGCAUGACUUCGGCAGCUCUGGGGGAGGGAUGGGAGGCUUGGGAUGUGCUUUCUCCCAUCAGAACUCAUUCAGUUCGCAGCUGAAUCCCAAUCAGUACUUUCACUCGGUCUCCUACAGGAUCGAGGAGAUCUCACCAAGCACCUUGAAAAACAGCUUCCUCCCCUCGCCCAUCAGCUCGGUGUCUCCAGGGCUUCACAGCUUCUCAGACAAUCACCAGCUCAUGAGGAGAAGGAAAUCCAUCUAA